CUUGGUGUUAAUUGAAUGAUUGCCAGCAUGGAUUUGAAUGCCAUCCCAGAACCAGAAGAGGAUGAUGUGUUUUAUCAACCAAAUUUCGAAGAAGAUCAUGCACCAGAAGAACAGAUAGAAUACAAUGAGCAUUCAGAACACGGGGAGUCUGCUGUUGAGAUUUCACACCGGGAACGUGAAGAGAGGAUUCAGAGGCUAAAAAGACAACGUCCCAUUGACAGGCUAUCAUACCAAUCUCAGCCACCAUUUCGUGAUGAUGGGUAUCAAAUUAAAAAACAGAAACCUCAUAAUAAACUUCCUCCAGGUUGGUUGGAUUGCCCUUCAUUUGGUCAGGAAAUAGGAUGUUUAGUACCUUCAAAAGUUCCUUUAGGUGAAUCAUUCAAUGAUUGUAUUCUUCCGGGUAAAAGAUACUCUUCCAGGCAGGUGAUUCAUCAACAGAGAGUUUUAGGAAGAAAGCUUGGUUUGGUCAUCGAUCUUACAAAUUCAAAUAGAUAUUAUUCGACUAAUGAUUGGAAGAGAGAAGGUAUCAAGCAUGUUAAGAUUCCUUGCAAGGGGCGUGAUUCUGUGCCUGAGAAUGAGGCCGUAAAUGCAUUUGUUUAUGAGGUAUGUUGCUCUAUAGACAUUCAUCAUAUCUCUGUGCUUGUAAGCACAUAUGGAGUAUGCUACUUCCAUGUCUUUGUAUUACUCUCUCCAAAUGAAGGAAAGGAACCUGUUCUUGGAAUGUUUGUGUCUGCCCAUCUAGAAAGUGGCUGCAAUAUUACCACAGGUUCAUUAUCUGAUGACACACAUACUGAUGCUAUCUUUAGUAUUUUCCUAAUCGAAGAUUCUAUUCUGAUGAAUUUGAGUCAUAUUGCAUCUAUGGAUCAGUCUCAGAACAAGCUUUUUGGUGCAAUAGAAUUGUCUAUUGAUGAACCUGUCUUGUGGGUGAUUACUGGAUCAGCAACUGAUAAGCUGUGUUCUGCAAUGGUCGUUCUUACUAAUGUUUGUGCAUUUUUAAAUUUGAAGGGAAAUCAACCUUAUGUUUGUUGUCCAUUAUUGGUGGCUUGUGUGCCCAUGUUUUAUGGUAGAUAUCAUGAUCUUGCUCAUCUUCAGUUUCGUGGGUUGAUAAAGUAUGAGUUUCUUAUAAUCAGCCUGAAUUUAUUAAUCGUUAACACUGGAAAAAGACUAGUUUUUAUAAUUGGUUAUUCACUUGGGAAUCAAGAUGACAUGAAAUGGACAUCUUCCCUUAUUUUACAUCAUCUUAGCAUUUAUCACAAUUUAAUCUGUAGAAAUAUCUUACAACACCAUGCAAGUUCACUUGUUUUAUUGCAGCGGCCCUUUUAUGAACGUUGGAAAAUGCUUGAAAAGGAAGUAAUUGAACCUCGGAAUAUAGAACGACAAUAUAUAUCACAGAGCAAAAAUCCCUAUUAUAGAUAUGACAUGGAGCCAUUCAGGGUAAGAAGGAAAGACUUUUGGCUGCUAUCUACUGUCACAAAACUUUUGAAGGGAUUUAUUCCAAAGCUUUCACAUGCUGCUGAUGGUCUUAUUUUUCAGGGUUGGGAUGAUCCUUAUGUUCCUCGAACGCAUGAGGGUCUCUUGAAGUGGAAAUACCCAGAAAUGAAUUCAGUUGAUUUCCUCUUUGAGAUGGUUGACAGUCGCCAGUCACUUUAUCUUCACGAAAGAGGGAAGAAAAAACUAAUGGAAGGAAGUCGGGUUGUUUUCCCAGAUGGGUCUGAUCCUGCAUCAUACUCGGGGAAGAUAGUUGAGUGUUCUUGGGAUCAGAACGAAGAUGUAUGGGUAUGCAUGCGAAUCAGGCCAGAUAAAGGGACUCCAAAUGAGUUUAACACCUACAAGAAGGUAAUGAGAAGUAUAAAGGACAAUAUCACAGAGGAGGUCCUUUUGAACGAAAUAAAUGAGAUCAUUCGCCUACCAAUGUAUGCAGAUAGGAUACAGAACGAGAGCAAAGCCCACCAACACAUUAACACAUCACGCCGUAGGUGAUUGAUUUCUCAUAAGUGAAAGACGUCUCGCCUAAAGAAUCUGCAUGGCCUACACAUGAGAAUAUAAGAGGAUUAUGUAGAUAAUUUGCAAGUUGUAAGUUGGUGACGAGUGCGAUAGUGUCUUGUUGCAUGAUUCUGUUUGCUCACUUAAGUUAUAUUCUGUAUCAGCCCCCCGUUCAUUUCUAGUGUAUUCAAGAAUUAUAGGAAUUAGAAGUAGAGUCACCAUGUGUAUUAGUAUUAAGUACUAGUUUUUUAUCUAAUAGAUAGCUUCAAUAGGACAGAAUCGAGUUCUAUAGCAAUUUUCAUGAUGUGAAUAUAGAUGAAUGGGAUCCUUUAUUUAGUGUUGCAGUCUCUUGUUGGUGCAAUGAUAUUGUGUAAAUGUAAUCGCAUGAAGAGGGGAGUGGCCACUUUUCUUCUCGCU